UUGUUUUGUUAUGAAAUUCACAUUCGCUAAAGCCGGUGAUCUGUGAUAUUAACGCAUUUGUGAAAUAGCCCAUCGUUCCAUUUGAAGGAUUCAAUAAGUACAACGCAGUUCGCUUAGGAACCGGUGGAUAGCAACUCCAGCAACGCAUCGUAUUAUUGUAUUGACUUGCAAACCUUGCAGUAAGCGAAUCAUAAUGUCUGUCGGCAAAAUGCUACAUCUUGCAAGAGGCAUUCACACCAGCCCGGGUUCCUGCACGCAGCGCUGCUCCAAACUGAUUGAUACCGUACUACGGGUUGACCAUGCCGGUGAACUGGGAGCGAAUCAAAUCUACCGCGGACAAAUGGCCGUCCUGGGCCACACGAAGGCGGGCAAAACAAUCCAGCACAUGUGGGAACAGGAGAAGGUGCACAAGAAAGAAUUCGAUCGGCUGAUCAACAAGUAUCGGGCGCGACCGACCGCGUUGCUGCCGUUCUGGAACGUGGCCGGCUUUGCGCUCGGUGCCGGAACCGCCUUGCUCGGCGAGAAGGCGGCGAUGGCGUGCACCGUCGCGGUGGAAUCGGUUAUCGUCGAGCACUACAACGACCAGCUGCGCAAGCUGAUGGACGAUCCCACCUUCACCGACAAGGAGCUGCUCGAUACGAUCCAGCGCUUCCGUGACGAGGAGCAGGAGCAUCACGACACCGGGAUCGAGCACGGCGCGGAGCAGGCACCCUUCUACCGUGCCCUCACCGACGUCAUCAAGUUCGGCUGCCGGACGGCGAUCAAGAUAGCGGAAAAAGUUUAAGUCAGCUUCAUAAUAGAUUUUUAAAUAGUAAACUAGACGAAGUUGCAACUCGUCCUCGAAGGGUGUACCGUAUUUACGCGUGUUAAACCCCGUAACAACCUUUUUUAUUGCGAUUGUUACUGUCUUUAAGAAGUGAAUACGCCGUAAGCUGGUUGAUUCUGUAAAUGCAUUCUAGUUAUGUUAUACGUAUCACCACUUUCAUUGUAAUAAUUUAAUCAUUUAAUAGUCGUGUCCCAGAUUUUCUAUUUUAUCUUUCACUUUCUCCAAACCGUUCGUUACUUGUAAGGGCUGAACCAAGUGAAGCUACAUAUUUUCAAACAGUCGCCUGAGUGAAAAUUAAGAUUGAACCAAUAUCGACCAAAAACAGUACUUGAUGAAGGUAACACUGAUGUGUUACUUUUUCGGCACAAUCAUCUUUGUUUUCAAAAGGGUGGAGUUAAAAAUAUGGUAGUUGAAUAGGUUUGGUGGAUAAUUUACGGUAGGAGAAAAACUAGUUCAACUGUCGGCUAGUGACGUUUUGGAUUGCAUAUUGUUAUCUUUAAUAAACCACCCUCCCCGCCCGCGCAUAAUAGGAAGUAUAAGAUUAGAUGUAGUCACAAGCGUGCGGGGCCAUAUUGAAAGGGUUCUA